GAUGUUUUUCGAGCGCGCGUGACCACUUUACUGGAGCUUUUAGUGAAGCUUUAUCAUUUCAAAGAAUUCUUUUCGUCUGCGACUUUCCACGUGUGCGGGUGUGUGUGACACUUCUGCCUGACGCCGGCAGGGUUUCCCCGGGUGUCUUACGGGACAUGCUGCCGCGGCGCGCGCGCGCUGCUGCUGCUGCUGAUAAGCUUCACAGGAGGAGCGCGCGGCCAGGUGCAUCCUCCUUAGCAUCCCCCUCCUCCCCCCUCCCCCCAGCAGUUGUCUCCGCCCCCUACCCCUGCUGGGGGCAUUUAAGGGAGCCCAUCUGAAAUGAUGAGGACUUUCUGACUGAUUUCUAAACUUCACUCGUGUUUCCAGUUUCACAGGUAAGAGUCUCGGUCCGCGUGAGGAGACGUUAGUCCGCGUGGGAGACUCAUUUUUUAAAGCUGAUUAUUGUCGGAUACACACUCUUUGCCAUACCGACCCCAACUUUUCAAAAAAAGAACACGCAGAGAUCGCUGUGCGGGAAGUGAGCGCGCGCUCGGUCAGACAUGAACCUCGACGUGGAUUACGGAGGCACCGGGAGCAGCGGCAACGGGAAGCUGCGCCAGUGGCUGAUCGAGCAGGUGGACUGCGGCAAAUACCCCGGGCUGGUGUGGGAGAACGACGAGAAGAGCAUCUUCAGGAUACCAUGGAAACACGCCGGGAAGCAGGACUACAACCGGGAUGAGGAUGCCGCGCUUUUCAAGGCCUGGGCGCUCUUUAAAGGCAAGUUCCGUGAGGGGAUCGACAAACCGGACCCUCCGACCUGGAAGACGCGCCUGCGCUGCGCCCUCAACAAGAGCAAUGACUUUGAGGAGCUGGUGGAGAGGAGCCAGCUGGACAUCUCUGACCCCUACAAGGUGUACCGCAUCAUCCCAGAGGGCGCCAAGAAAAGUCAGUCCUCCAUAAGACCCAGACAGGACGACAGCCCAACGAGUCCCGUGGGCUACCAGAUGCACCCCUCCUACCCCACCAUGCCAACUCAGAUGACGCCCUACAUUUCUAGUCCAGAGUGCAGCUGGAGGGAUUACUGUCCUGAGCAGACAUCUUUGACUGAACUGUCCUUCGCUCAGUGUCCUUGUCCCCCCCGCAGCCUGCCGUGGCAGACCCCAUCCAUAGAGAAUGGCUACCAGCUCCGAGCCUCCAUUUACUCGUACGGCCCCGACAGUCAGCCCUCGCCUUUCUCGUUGGAUGCAAGCAUCAGAUCAGCGGAGGCACUUUCAGAUCUCCGUCUCCACGUGUCGGUGUACGUACGGGAGACUCUGGUGCGGGAGGUGACCGUCACCAGUCCGGAGGGCUGCCACCUCAUGCCGUGCCCGCCGGAGAAGCACUACCUGACGGCCGGAGGCCCUGAGGUGGUGCCUCUGCCUCUGGACAGUCUCUCGGGCUUGCGGAGGACAGACGAGUGUCCACCGAGUCCGCCGUCCGUCCUGGAGAGGGGAGUCCUUCUGUGGAUGAGCGCCGACGGACUGUACGCCCGCAGGCUGUGCCAGAGUCGGGUUUACUGGCAGGGAGGCUUGUCGCCAUACGGAGACAAACUCAACAAGUUGGAAAGAGAAGUUACCUGCAAACUGCUCCACACACAAGACUUCCUCACAGAGAUCCAGAGUUUCGGAUUCCACGGCCGGCCGCCGUCUCGCUUCCAGGUGCUGCUCAGCUUCGGAGACGAGUGCCUGGACCCCCAAAGGCAAAGACGGGCCCUCACUGUUCAGGUGGAGCCUUUGUUUGCCAGGCAGCUCCUGUAUUACGCCCAGCAGACCAGCAGCCACUACUACCGCAGCUAUGAACUUCCGGGGGUCACAGACCACAUAAACGCCUCUGAGGACUACCAGAGGGCCAUCACACACCACCACGCCAGCAGCCUGCAGGAGUGACCCGAGUCGGGGUUCCAAAGCGUCACGGAACCAAAGCAUUUUACACAGCAAGACCAAUAUGGACAGUGUUCUAUGAAAACAAAAUGGACUUUUAGCUUGCGCGGGUCUGACCCGUUGAAGCUUUCGGAGGGAUUGUGAGUGUUUGAGAGUGAAAAUGAAAUUGGAAAAAAUGUUUUAUUUUUCUCUUCCAAAUCAUCAACUUUCAGGGAUCAAUGUAAUUUUUUACAGAAGCAAAAGAAACUGACAGCUCAGGUGAUUGUACUCAGGAGACCCUUUCAACAGGGUUACUUUACCACGGGAAAACACAUUUUGUAAUAAACAGAUUUAGUUUGUUAUUAACUGUAUAAAAAAAUCAGGGACACAGUCCAAACAUGUGCAGCUAGUUAGCUUAGCUAAGAGUUGAUUAGCUAACACACACAACAAAAACUGAGUGUUAAGAUGCUUUUUCAAGAAAAAAUGUCUUAUUUUCUGCCUUGCAAGAAAUAUAAUCUUAUUAAGAAUAUUUCUUCAGCAGCCAAAUCUUAGUUUAAGAAAGUAUGUCUUAGUGGCUAAUAUGUAAAUAAGACUUCUUGGUAAAAUAAUGUUUUUUUUCCCUGUUGGCACUUUUUUUUUUUAUUUUACGAAUUUUUCACUUAUUAUAAGGGGACUUGUUUUUUGCAUUGAAGGUGUAAUGUACAACUUUUUUGUACAUUAGCUAAGAGUAGCUUAGCUAAGCCUGAAACCUGAAACCAAAAAUCGCUGUUUUGCUAACAUUUAUGGGGAUUAUUUUGUCUACAUGUCUUAAAAAUGUUGGUCCUUGGCCUGAUGUGGAAUCCUGCUAUUUGUGUUUGCAAACUCCAAGAGAGUUCAGCUAAUUCCAAAUGAAGUCAAGACUUUGUGCGACAAUUGUGCAAUAGUAACUCAGUGAUUCCAUGAAAUAACUUUAUCCGACCACUCAAAACAGCCAUAAACGGACUGACUAAACAUGAUGGGAAUGAGUGUGAAUGCAAACUCAAAUUUGAACCUGCAAGAUUGGUAAACAUUUGUCCAUUGGAAAGUACUGUUACCAUGGCAGAAAGUUUACAAAACUUGCUAGUUAAUAUUUUUUUGUUUGCAAUUAGCUAUCAGCUUGACAGAUAGUUUUGGUGUUGGAUGUGAUGAACUUCUAGUUACAGUUCUUUCAUUGAAUCUUGAACUCAAAAGGGAACUUCUACAAAAAUCUACAAGAAAAAACCUGAUUAAAUGUGUGAACCCAUAGCAAAUGGGCCUCUACGCUGUGACUCAAGAGGAACUGGAAAAAAAUUGCAUCACAAAAUUCUGAAUUGGAAGUUGUGGCUUUUUGGUAGAAAUGGCUAAAGAUGGUUGAUUAGCUCCAAAUAGGCAGAAAUACAACUUUGUGCUCAGAAAUGAUCGAGUUAAGUCCUGCUUACAACUCAGCUAAGUUAAGCUAUCUGGGUGUGGUUUCAUUUUCACUGUAUAGAUGUGUAGAUGACUCCCAAGAAGGCUCUCUAAGUCACACACCAUAGUUUGACCACUUUUUUUGUACAUACGUCUUUGCUGUUAGGAGACACUAUUAAACUGAUUUUUUGUAAACUGAGAUAGAAUAGACAUUUUUUUGUGUGUUUGUGUAAUAAAAAACGGUGUAAAAAACAACCGGUUGUGUGUGCGUGGUCUAAACAGGAAGUGUGGUUCAGAUACAGGAAAUGGAUGGUUAAUCAAACACUCGGUUAUCGCCAAACAAUCUGAUGACAUCAUAAGGGGAGGAGAGAAAGGAAGAGGUUGGCCGCGCUUUUCCGUGUUGUGCUGGGGAGAAAGCCUUCCUGGCUUCUUGUUUCCACCUCCAUGGAAAAACAACCA